AUGAGCUCGUCCUCGCGAUCUGCCCGUCCGGAAAAGGAGUCUCCCAGAAGUGCCCGCCCCGCCGCCAACGACCGCACACGUUCGGACCGCGAAAAGACACGUGCCAAGGAAUCCCGCAGCGAACGCAAGUUCAACGCCGUCGACAGUGAGUCCUCGGCAGACGAAAAGGCACGCUACGAAGCCGACUGGAAGCGGCGCAGCGAGGAAGAUGCGGCACGCAAGCAGGCUGCAGAGUCGCGACGCAAGGCAGAAGACCGCCGAUCCUACGAAGAGACACGGUACGCCCCGUCCAGCGCGCGCAAGCUGAGUGUGCAGGAAGAGGAGGCCAUUCGCUACCAGCACAAGUCACGUGGCCAGGUCGAAGCCGAGAUGACUCGCCCGACGUACACGAGAACUUCGUCUAGAGAUGCCUACGGCCCUGAUCACCGCUCUUCACGACGCCCAGACGUCCGACCAGAGGCGCCUCGACGAUCGUCAGCUCGGCCCAAGGAGCGUACCGAACGCACCAUGCUGUCUUCUGGCCGCGGCAUUCCUGAGAUUGUCGAGUGGAGUGACGACAGGAGAGCCCCUCCCAUCUUCAAGCACUCGGCCUCGUCGCCCGCCAACAUCGAGGUGCCGCGUUCCAUGCCUCAGCGAUCCUACACUAGCGAGGUCCCUCGCGAGCACCGCCGUCCAGACAAGUCGCCACCAGCCCCUCUCCACCGCUCCGCCACCAUGCCCGCCAAUCAUUCGGCACCCCGCCAAAAGGCACCCACUGCCGCUCGCCCCUCUGGCCUGCGGGAACCCGUGGCCCCUGAACACCACAGCCCCGAGCACGACGCCUUCCCGUCUGUACCGCUACCGCAGCCCUCGUCUAGCACGAAGAAGUAUUACUACACCACUACUGGCAACGGCGUCACCAGUCUCCGCCCAGAAGAGAUGCCCGGCUCUGCAAGCAAACCACGCACUGUCCUCCGCGAACCUGGACGCCACCAUCAGCGCUCCCCGUCUCCUCUCUCCCGCCCACCCAUUGGACCCAACCGCCCGUCUGAAGCCACCACCACUUCUUACUCCACAAAGCCCGUUUCAGCCGCACGCCCCCCGCCCAUGGACCGCACUACCUCGACCCGCAACAUCUCCCCCAUUCGCCAUUCCGAAGAUCGCGGCCGCUCCAGCCGCAAGCUGUAUGGCGAAGUGAACGACCCAAGGCGAGCACGCCAGGCAAGUUACAGCCCGAGCGAAGUGCAGUAUGCGCGCAAGUACGGUCCCGAGGAUGUGAGAUGGGCACCAAGAGGGCGCGAGAAUGAGAAGGACUGUCCAGCGACGAAGCCAUCCCUAGGAAGGACGGCAAAGAUACCCAUCUCCAUCCACAAACCCGGCAUCACUUUUCCGGCGUACUUCGGCAUGAUUCCCCAUCCCAGGCUCAUCUUUAUCUCCAUGCAACCAGGCGUUCCACGGCAUAUUUCCCCCAUCAUUGUCUCCUACUCCGACGCUUGCAAGGGCUGCACUUGGCGUCGAGAGUAG